AUGUCUGGAAUUCAAGAAAUCUCAUCCCCUCUUAUUCAGAAGCCGGAAUCGCAUGCCUCGCCGGAGCCGGAGGAGGAACAAGAAAACUCUUCGAUCGAGCAAGUAGCACUCACGGUGCCGGUCAACGACGACCCGACCCUACCCGUAGUCACCUUCCGGAUGUGGACCCUAGGAGCCGUGGCUUGUACUCUUCUCUCGUUCCUCAACCAAUUCUUCUGGUACCGCCGUGAGCCGCUCUCGAUCACCGCCAUCUCCGCCCAGAUUGCAGUGAUACCCUUAGGCCACCUCAUGGCGGCGGUAAUUACGCGAAGAGUGUUCUUCAAGGGGCGGAGUUGGGAAUUUAGUUUGAAUCCAGGUCCGUUCAAUGUGAAGGAGCAUGUAUUGAUCACCAUUUUUGCGAAUUCAGGGGCGGGAAACCCUUACGCGAUUCAUAUUGUUAGUGCUGUGAAGAUAUUUUAUAAACAGAGGUUGAGCUUCUGGGUGGCGCUGGCGGUGGUUCUGACGACUCAGGUUUUGGGAUUUGGAUGGGCCGGUCUUUUUCGAAGGUACUUGGUCGAGCCCGCUGCUAUGUGGUGGCCCCAAAACCUUGUUCAGGUGUCUUUAUUCAGGGCGCUUCAUGAAAAAGAAGAGAGAGCUAAGGGUGGAUUGACACGAAAUCAGUUCUUCCUUAUCGCCUUCAUUUGUAGCUUCUGCUAUUAUGUAUUUCCUGGAUAUCUUUUUCCGAUGCUAACUUCCAUGUCCUGGCUUUGUUGGAUAUUCCCUUCUUCAGUCCUAGCCCAACAACUUGGUUCUGGGCUCCAUGGUCUUGGGGUUGGUGCUGUUGGGCUCGACUGGUCCAGCAUAUCCUCAUACCUCGGGAGCCCAUUAGCCAGCCCGUGGUUCGCUACUGCUAACAUUGCUGCUGGAUAUUUUCUUAUGAUGUAUGUUAUAACCCCGAUUAUGUACUGGCUCAAUGUCUACAAAGCGAAGACCUUUCCUAUAUUCUCUGAUAACCUCUUUACAUCAAAUGGGCAAAAAUACAACAUCUCGGCCGUUGUAGAUUCGAACUUCCACAUUGACUUGGAUGCGUAUGAGAAAGAAGGACGUCUCUAUCUCAGCACAUUCUUUGCUAUGACCUAUGCUUUCAGUUUUGCUUGUCUCACUGCCACCAUUGUCCAUGUUGUCCUCUUUCACGGCAGAGAUAUAUGCCAGCUGAGCAAGUCAGCCUUCAGUGAAAAGAAGAUGGAUGUGCACACAAAGCUUAUGCAAAAAUACAAGCAAGUUCCAGAAUGGUGGUUUACAUGCAUUCUUUUGAUAAACAUAGCAGUUACCUUACUUAUCUGUCAAAUCUACAAUGAGCAACUUCAGUUGCCUUGGUGGGGCGUCUUGUUGGCAUGUGGGCUUGCUUUCUUUUUCACCCUUCCAGUCGGAGUCAUCACUGCAACAGCUAAUCAAACACCAGGUUUGAAUGUGAUCACGGAGUACAUCAUUGGAUACUUAUAUCCCGGAUAUCCAGUUGCUAACAUGUGCUUUAAGGUGUAUGGUUAUAUCAGUAUGAAACAGGGGCUUAUGUUUCUACAAGACUUCAAACUUGGACAUUACAUGAAAAUACCCCCUAGAGCAAUGUUCAUGGCACAGGUAGUUGGCACUUUACUAUCAGUGUUCGUACAUCUAGGAACGGCGUGGUGGCUAAUGGACACUGUACCAAAUAUUUGCGAUAGAAAUGUGCUUCCUUCAAGCAGUCCAUGGACUUGUCCUGGAGACCAUGUAUUCUAUGAUGCCUCUGUGAUAUGGGGUUUGAUUGGGCCGCAAAGAAUGUUUGGGAAUCUUGGUUACUACUCGGCUAUUAACUGGUCAUUUUUGGUAGGGGCCUUAGCUCCUGUCCUUGUUUGGCUUGCGACUAAGGCCUUUCCGAGUCAACUGUGGAUAAGAAAUAUUACGGUUCCUGUGCUAUUAGUUUCGGUAAUUAAUAUGCCCCCAGCUACUGCUGUAAACUACAACAGCUGGAUUAUUAUUGGUUUUGUCUCGGGUUUUGUUGCUUAUAGAUACUACCGCAACUGGUGGAGUCGACACAAUUAUCUCCUAUCAGGGGCGCUCGAUGCUGGAUUAGCUUUCAUGGGAGUGUUUUUGUACUUGUGCCUCGGGAUGGAACACAUUAGCCUCGAAUGGUGGGGAAGCGCCGCAGACGGAUGCCCCUUGGCUUCUUGUCCGACUGCCGAAGGAAUUGCAGUGAAUGGAUGCCCUAUUUUUUGA